AUGCCUCCCAAAAGACAAGCCGCCGCCGCCGCCGCCGGAGGCAACGGCCCUAGCAAGCGUGCCAAGUCGUCCUCGACCAAGAAGACCGCCACCGGCUCCGACGACGACGCCGACAUCCCCACAAGCGCCCGCUGGGCCGCCGUCUCGGUCUCCAAGAAUGCCGCCAGCUCCUACCACACCGUCACCAAGGACAAGUCCAAGGCCUACACCUACCAGUGCUCCUGCCCGGAGCGCUUCGGCAACAAGAAGCAGCGCGGCAGCGAUGAUGAGGACGACGAAGACGAAGACGACGACGACGACGAGGACGAAGAGGUGGAUCCCAACGGCUGCGGCACCAAGGUCUGCGUGUGCAAGGACGCGCCCGACAAGCACCCGGGCCACCCGUGGCUCGUCACCGACGCCGGCAAGCAGAAGUUUUACGGCCAGGUCACCAUGGCGGCGCUGCGGGACCCGGACAACUUUGGCAUGUACACCUUCAACGACCACAUGGCCUACGGCGUCGUCGAGGUGCUGCAGAACCUCAUGAUCGACUUCAACGAGGCCGAGGAGGUCGAGCACGGCACCUGGGAGCAGUGGGUCGUCUGCGAGGCCAUGGUCCUGUUUCUCAACCUCAGCCAGGGCAGGGAUUUCAUCUUGGUCGAGGACGGCGAACUCGCCCGUACCACGCUCUGCCUCAUCGGCCGCAUGUUCCUCACCAUGCUCGCCCGCCUCGAGCGCGAGGACAAGCUCUCCCCGACCUCGGAGGUGCGCAACAUCGCGCCGGUAAUGGCCGCGUACAUCGGCGUCGCGCACGAGAUGCGUAGCGACAAGUACGACGUGCUCGAGGACCGCGGCGACAAGACCAAGAAGGGCGGCGCCAAGGGCUUCAGCUACAACGAGGCGCGCUUCGACGACCACGUCGCCGCCUACGCGAAAAAGCACGGGAUCAAGCUGGGCGGCGGCGACGACGACGGGCGCCUCGGCAGGCUCGGCGCGCUGGCCGGGAAGUGCGACGCCGGGGCCGGGCUGCCGGCCCCGGGCGCGGACCCCUGGAGCUGGAAGGCCGCGUGGAGGGAGUACGUCAAGGAGUACGACGGCCUGCCGCUGCCCGGGCGCGGCGGCUGCGUCAGGGUCGGCGGGGACCGGCUCGACAUCACGACGUGGAGCAGCAAGGAGAGGAAGGCCGCGUCGUUUGGGGGCAAGGACCCGCUCGGGCCGAAGGAGCUCAAGAUGAUCAAGGAGGGGAUGGUGUUGAUGAUGCGUUAG